ACCGGACAGGAAGGAGGAAAAGAGAAAAUUCGAGUUCCGCUGCUCCCGUCCCCAGUCUCCUCCUCCUCCUCCGACGAGUAGAAAGAGUCGGAAAUCGGAAAUCGGGAAUCGGAAUGGAUUGGAAUUGGAGCAGAAGAGAGAGAUUAUUAUCAUUCCUCUGUUUGUUUUCUCUUCUCCUGUCACAGCCAAGGUCUUUGGAUGGAUCUCCGGCUGGUACACCAAAAUCGUCGUCGUCGUCUGUAUUUUCAUUGUUUAACCUCAAAGACAAGAGUCGUUUCUGGACCGAGUCCGUUAUUCGCACCGAUUUUGAUGACUUGCAAUCUUCCACGCCUGCCAAAACGAGUCUUCUCAAUUACACCAAGGCAGGUAAUAUUGCAAAUUAUCUAAACCUUCUGGAAGUUGAUUCCAUGUACCUUCCCAUCCCUGUCAAUUUCAUUUUCAUUGGCUUCGAAGGCAAAGGAAACCUAGAAUUUAAGCUUGAAUCCAAAGAACUCGAGCGAUGGUUCACGAAAAUCGAUCAUAUAUUCGAACACGCUCGAGUCCCGCAAAACAGAGAAGGCUUUGACUCAUUCUACAAGAUUAGCUCCGACAAAGACCAACGCCACCACCACCUUCCGAUCGUCAGUCACAUAAAUUACAACUUUUCUGUUCAUGCAAUAUUAAUGGGAGAAAAGGUUACGUCGAUAUUUGAGCGUGCCUUGAAUGUUGUAGCCCGCGAUGAUGACGUGUCCGGUAACAGGGAAAAUGGUGACGCUGUUUUGCAAGUAGAUGUGGAACUUAUGGAUGAUCUCGUCAGUAACCUUGUUGAAUAUCUUCGGCUUGAAAAUGCAUACAACAUUUUCAUUCUGAAUCCGAAGCGUGAUGCAAAAAGGACAAAAUAUGGAUACCGAAGAGGUUUAUCAGAUUCAGAAAUAAAAUAUCUCAAUAAGAACAAAAAUUUGCAAAGCACGAUUCGUCAGUCAAGAAGCACCCCGGAAACAGUCCUUGCUUUUGAAAAGAUUAAGAGGCCUUUGUAUGAAAAGCAUCCUGGGGUAGAGUUUGCCUUGAGAAUAGCUGAAGAUAGCAAUACAGUAGAAUGGUACAAUAUGUGCCUGGAUGCACUAAACAACAUUGAAAAGUCGACUCGAGGGAAGGAAACUGCUGAUAUCAUUCAGAGCAAAGUUUUACGGAUAUUGAAAGGAAAGAGCGAAGAUAUGAAGCUUCUCUUUGAAAAGGAAUUAAGAUCUGGAGAUUUUAGUGGUGUCCACGCAGAGUGUCUCACAGAUAUGUGGAUCGGAAAGGACAGAUGGGCUUUUAUUGAUUUGAGUGCGGGCCCUUUUUCGUGGGGACCAGCUGUUGGAGGAGAAGGUGUGCGAACAGAAUUGAGCUUACCAAAUGUAGAAAAAACAAUUGGUGCAGUUUCAGAAAUUUCAGAAGAUGAAGCAGAAAAUCGCUUGCAAGAUGCCAUUCAGGAAAAGUUUGCUGUUUUUGGGGAUAAAGAUCAUCAAGCGAUUGAUAUUCUUCUAGCAGAGAUUGAUAUAUACGAACUUUUUGCUUUCAAACAUUGCAAAGGAAGGAGAGUUAAGCUUGCCCUUUGUGAAGAACUUGAUGAGCGAAUGCAGGAUUUGAAAAACGAGCUCCAGUCUUUUGAAGGUGAAGAAUAUGAUGAAACCCAUAAGAGAAAAGCCAUAGAGGCAUUAAAGCGAAUGGAGAAAUGGAACUUGUUCACUGAGAGUCACGAGGAACACCAAAAUUAUACAGUAGCUCGAGAUACUUUUCUUGCACAUUUAGGUGCAACAUUGUGGGGAUCUAUGAGACACGUCAUAUCACCCUCCAUUUCUGAAGGGGCGUUUCAUUAUUACGAAAAGAUAGCUUUUCAGUUGUUUUUUAUCACACAGGAGAAAUUUAGACGUGUUGAUCAAUUACCUGUAGACCUCGAUGCUUUAAAGAAUGGGCUCUCCUCUUUGUUAUUACCUUCGCAGAAAUUUUCUUUCAAUCCCAACGUGCUACCUCUUUCGGAGGAUCCUGCUUUGGCAAUGGCAUUUUCUGUGGCACGGCGAGCAGCAGCUGUCCCACUAUUGCUUGUUAAUGGAACUUAUAGGAAAAAUAUUCACACUUAUCUUGAUUCCUCCAUUCUUCAGUAUCAACUGCAGAGGCUGAAUGAUCACGGCUCUCUUAAAGGGAGACAUGCUCAUAGCAGGUCCACACUAGAAGUUCCAAUCUUUUGGUUCAUCUACGGCGAGCCAUUGUUUGUUGACAAACAUCAUCGGGCAAAGGCACUUUCGGACAUGGUUAUUGUUGUCCAGUCAGAAGCCUCAUCCUGGGAAAGCCACCUACAGUGCAACGGGCAGUCAAUUUUACGGGACCUAAGGAAACCCAUAAAAGCUGCAUUAGCAGCUACGUCGGAACAUAUGGCUGGUCUCCUACCCCUGCAUCUUGUUUACAGUCAAGCCCAUGAUGCUGCUAUGGAGGACUGGAUCUGGUCAGUUGGAAGCAAUCCUCACUCAAUCACUAGCCAGGGCUGGCGCAUUUCGCAGUUCCAGUCUGAUGCAAUUGCUCGUAGUUACAUCAUCACAACUCUUGAAGAGUCAAUACAAGUGGUCAACUCAGCUAUUCAUCAUCUAGUCACAGAGCGUACCACUGAAAAAACCUUUAAACUCUUCCAGUCCCAGGAGCGUGAGCUCAUUAACAAGUAUAAUUAUGUCGUUAGCCAAUGGAGAAGAAUUUCAACUGUUACGGGAGAAUUGCGUUAUGUGGAUGCCAUGAGGCUGCUACAUACCCUAGAGGACGCAUCUAAAGGAUUCUUUGAGCAAGUAAAUGCAACUAUAGCUGUUCUCCACCCGAUUCACUGCACAAGAGAGAGGGAGGUGCACCUUGUGUUUGACAUGUCUACAAUUCCUGCCUUUUUAGUUGUCUCGGGUGUCCUAUAUUUCGUGUUAAGGCCAAGACGACCGAAGCCAAAGAUUAAUUGAUCAAGUAAACGAUUUUCUUGACAUAUGUUUAAGGGAAAAUAAUAGCUCACACAUUUUUCCCCCUAAUGCUGAGGAACUUGUAUGAUGUCUUAUGCCUGGAUUCAUCGGCUGUGAAAGUCGUGAUACUUGGGUUGGGAAAGUAGAAAGGAAUUUGGUGAGAUGAGUUGGGUGAGGAAGAAUAGCCAUAGUGUUGUAACUCAUUUCCUUCAAAUGGUCAAACACUUUCUGUGGUCUUAACCCGUUGUGCUGCAAAGUCGUAUGGAGUUAUAGGUUGCAAUGUAUCCAAAACUGAAGUUUAUUGAUGGAUUUUGUAUUCUCACUUGUUCCAUAUAGUUUUAAUGAAUUUUUCCUUCGAACUUGUUCCA